AUGGUGAACUGGCUUAGCCUCGUCGUCCCCUUCGCUUACCUCACCAUCCUCCUCGGCUCCCUCUACACCUUCUCGCACCUCUACCGCGCCCGCAAGCUCUCCAAAGCCGCUUCCCUAGAGCCGUGGUUUCCCCCGCACCUCCAGCGCAACAUAUACCUCACCCUGCUGCACCUUGACCCGUCCGAAAGCGGAGAAGGCGGACCAAGCAAAGUGCCGGACAGCGUUCUGAAAGCCGCGCUCUUGCGCCGCGCAACCGAGGAUAUUCACAGGGUGCUGCAGCUCCAGAACGCGAAGCCGGCGCUGCAAUCGCUGCUGCAGCGCGGAAGCGUGGGGGAUGAUCUGUGGCAGCGGUUCUUGCGGGCGGAGAAGGAGAUUCAAGAGGAGAUCAAGGACGUUGUGGCCGAGGCGAACGCAUUUGCGCCGGGCUGGGGCCAGCUGAUCUUCCAGACCGCCAACGAGAUGGCGCAAAACGCGCUUCUCCGCAAACGCGUGGAGGAGAUACAGGCGCAGGUGACGGCGGAGAAAGAGUGGUGGGAGAAGAAGAAAGCGGGCAUCCAAGCAGACUUUAUGAAAGAACUAGAUGAGGACUCCAAAGCAACACAGCCAGUGCCAACCACAGGGCGGGGUAGCGACGAUGACGCGGUGCUGGUUGAAGGCGGAGGCCCGACUGCGGCGCAGCAGCAAGGAAGCAUGAAGAAGAGGAAGAAGGGGAAGAACUAA